AUGAUAUAAUAGAAAAAAUAUUUUUACAAUCUAGAACAAUUUUUAAGCUCUUAACUUUAAUCGUUUUAGGAACUCAAUAUUUAUUUGAAAAAUCUAUCUAAUCCAAAUAUUUAAUAAGGUGUAUAAAGCUUAGUUUCUGGUUUAGAAAAGUGCACUAAUCUUUCAAAUUUGUUACUUGAUCUUUAUGGAAAUUAAAUUGGCACAUUAAACUUAGGUUGUGGUUUAGCAAAGUGCACUAAUCUCUCAAAUUUGACACUUAAUCUUAAGUACAAUUAAAUUGGUGAUUAAGGUGCGUCAGGCUUAGGUUAUAGUUUAGGAAAUUGCAAUAAUCUCUCAAAUCUGACACUUGACCUUUCUAAUAAUUAAAUUUGUGUUGAUGGUGCGUCAGGUUUAGGUUUUGGUUUAGGAUAAUGCAUUAGUCUCUCAAAUUUGACACUUGAUCUUUCGUAUAAUUAAAUUGGAGCAAUCGGCGCAUCAGGAUUAGCUAGUGGUUUAGGAUAGUGCAUUAAUCUCUCAUAUUUAACACUACAUUUUUAUGGAAAUUAAAUUGGUGAUAUCGGUGUAAUUGGCUUAGCUUCUGGUUUAGAAAAGUGUUUUAAUCUCUCAAAUCUGACACUUCAUCUUUAUAAUAAUUAAAUUGGCGCAAUUGGUGCAUCAGGUUUAGGUUCUGGUUUAUAAAGGUGCACUAAUCUCUAAAAUUUGGCACUUAAUCUAGAGGAAAAUUAAAUUGGUAAUCAAGGUGUAUAAGGCUUAGGUUAUUGUUUAGAAAAGUGCAGUAAUCUCUCAAAGUUGACACUUAAUCUAUAGAAAAGUCAUACUAAUGGUGAAGGUCUGUGUGAAUUAGGUUCUAGUUUAGGAAAGUGUACUAAUCUCUCAAAUUUAACGCUUUAUUUUAAUUGCUAUUAAAUUGGUAAUAAAGGUAUAUUAGGCUUAGGUUAGGGUCUAGUAUAGUGUGCUAAUCUCUUAAAUUUGAGACUUUAUCUUAAUUACAUCAGUAGUAAAUCAAAAUAAUUGAAAGUAAUGCUUAUCAAGUCAAAAAGAUUAGUUAUUUAUAAAAUAAUUGCAUGA